CUAAAAAAAAAAAAAGAAAAUUUAUCGACGGACUUUCGGAUGAGUCGGACGUUAAGUGCUGGCCAUUUGACAGCAGUACCUUGUCAACGAAUUGUGUUUUUUUUUUGUUGUUGCUUUUGGAUUGUCCUUAACAGGUCGGACCAGUGAACCGUUCAAAAGAGAUCUCAACAGCGGCCGUUCAUCAAGACGUUUCGACGAAUCGGAGAGCUUCAAUCGCCUAGCGGAUGCGUCCGCUUCUGGCUGAUUAUCGGGACCAAACGGUCGUGGAUGGAUUGUGACGCGGACGACAACCAACAACCACAAUGAACCAGCGGUUCCCGAUCCGACGGUUGUUUACGAUGCCGUGGCUCCUGAUGGCGCUCGCUUUUCUUCUAGUGGCCACCGCUUCCAAUCGCGAACGAAGUGGCACGCAUCAGCAGAUCGUUCGCAAUAAUCAUCACCACAAACGGAACGGCAAUUCCACGUCGAGAAAUGCCAGCGUGAAACGGUCUGCUGUGCAAGCAGGGACGAUGAUGAAAUCCAUGUCACCAGUCGCCGACUCGGCGCCGUACCUCGCCAGCGACGACGUACCCCCAAAGGCGAUGAUCUCCGUUCAGACGUCGCUCAACGGCAACAUCUUUAUGCAUUGCCUAGUGGACACUAGCGAGGACUUUCAGGUCUCGUGGGUGAGGUUGCCCGACUGGCGAAUCGUGGCUUCUGGCCGGCACAUCUACAACAAGGACGAGCGGUUCCGAGUUUUGCACGCAGAAGGGACAGGCGAAUGGACCUUGCAGAUCAAGUACGCCGCCCUCAUCGAUCAAGGCCUCUACGAAUGUCAGGUAUCGACCGAAACGGGCAUCAGGAUUUUUUACUACAAUGUCAGUGUCAUCGUACCGGACACGUCCAUCGUCGGUGGCAGUGAAUAUCACGUCGACAUGGGCAGCGCCAUCCAGUUGACGUGCAUCAUCAGAAAUAUUCCUCAGGAGCCACAGUUUGUCUUUUGGUAUCACAAUGAUCGGAUGAUCAAUUAUGACUCGAUGGCUGACAGCAGCAGCAGUUCCAAAACAGCGAUGGACGCUGCUAGCAGCAGUUCGCCGUCCAGCAGCCGGACAAAAGCCAGGGCUCGUCCUCGAGUCGAGGUCGUCACCGAGAUUGAAAGCAACUUGAUGAUGAACGGCGGCGAGCAACAGGAAGAUGCAGCGGAUCGAACCGUCACGAGCCAGUUGACAAUACGAGACGUAACGGACGCCGACUCGGGCAACUACACGUGCUCUCCCUCUAACGCCGAGCCGGCCAGCACCAUGGUCUACGUUUCAGAAGGAGAUGAUGCUGCUGCCGCUAUUCAAGUGAGUGUCGGAGAAACGACUAACGUCAGCGAUGUUGUUCCAGCUAAUUCAGCCGUUUCAGCGGCUUCGUCGCCCAUUUCUACGGCGUCUGCCGCCACCUCGUCCGUCACGUCGUCGCUUGCCGUUCUCGUUUUUUGCUGCCUGACGUUGGCCAAUUGUCACAUCGGCCGAAGAUGAUUCCCUUUAUUUUUGGCUUCCGAAAGGAUGGAAACGAUGGAAGAUAAUACCGUACCAAAAACGUCACACACACACACACAAAAAAAAAAACAAAAAAAACAAGUAGAAAAUAUUGAAGAAAAAAGAUUGAAAUUCAAUAUUUUCCCGCUUGGCGGUGGUUUUCCCGGGCGAGGGAAAAGAAGAUUGAAGACAAAAGAAUAGCCUACCGGGUAAACAUACAAUUACAAUCGAGGGAUUUUAUUGUAUGUGUGGAUUUUGAUCGUCCAUUCGAAUAUCGGACUCUCGGGCUGUCUUGAAUGCCAGUCUUCUCCUCUAAUUGAUUUCAAAGAGAUAUUUAUAAACAAGUAUAUUACAUAAUUAUUCAUUAUAAUGCAAGUAGCAUGGGGUUGCGAUCCCUCUGCUGGUACAUGUACAAUCUGGUGUUGAUAGACUCAACAUUUCCUUUCAGUUGCAUGUCAAAACCAAAACUCACUGCUGUUCCCAUUCGUUCUGAUUUGUCAUCAAUGCUGAAUCCCUUUUUGUUGUUCCCCACUAAUUGGGAUUCCAUUUAUGAUAUUUGUUUGUCUUAAUCUUUUUCGAAAGAUAGAUCCACAAAAUAUGUUGGUUGACUGAUUGGGGUGAUGUGUGCAAUGUUUCAUGAAUCAGGUAAUUUUAUUUUAACCUUUAUUUCUUUUAUGUCGUUGUGGUUUUUCUUUUCUGUUUUGUUUUGUUUUUACAAAAGAGAAAAGAAAAGAAACAAACAAUGUAUUAUUCGAGCUCAGAGCUAUUGUAGUAAAGCAUGACAUUUUGUUUACCCCUCCUAAAUGAUGGGUAGGUAAAAUAGUCUGUAACUAACUACUUUAGUACCUGAGGCAACUGCAAAAAAAAAUACUCGUGUUCAAAGAUGGCUGAAACACUUGCGUAUUGUAAAUUGACAAAUACUUUGUUUUCGUAACGUCGUUAAUUAAAAAGAAUGGACCGGCUUUUUUUUUUUUUUUUUUCACUUCAUCCAAAGUGACUAUAUUCAAUUUGUUUCAGUUUUCAAAUUCACUGAUUGAAUUGUGCUGAUUUAACAUACAAAACUAUAAGGAUUAUAAACAUAUAUAUUUUGCUUUCUCCAAUCUUUGAUUUCCAUGUAAACAGUUCACUACCCCUUCCCUGCUGUUUCCGAGACGUUUGUAAUUUCUAUUUUUUUUUUCUCGUUUUUAUCACAUGUUCAUAUUUUCAUAUAUUCAUUUCUGUUCAUUUUAUUUCAUUUAUUUACUUAAAUUUUUUUUUCCUUUUUUAAGUUUGCCCUAAAAAAAUGUGAAGACCCGAUCACACGUCUCAACAGCGCGCAUAAUCGUCAUUAUCUGUGUAUCUGCUGCGUGACGGUUGUCAAGUGCGGAGCAACAGCCAAUACAUUCUGACGUUUAAAAAGAAGAACAAAAGAAAA